GAGCGGCGGCUGCUCCGUCACGGGAAGGGCGGAACGCGGCGGCGGCGCCCGUUUCCUCCGUCGCGUCUCGGCGGCUGCGGCGGCCGCGGCCGGGCUCGCCGGUGGCCGGGCGGCGGGGGAAGGAUGGCGUACUUCGUGGAGAGCUUCUGGGGAGAAAGGAAUAAUGGCUUUGAUGUCCUCUAUCACAAUAUGAAACAUGGACAUUUGUCAACAAAGGAUUUAGCAGAUUUUAUUAGAGAAAGGGCUACAAUAGAGGAGACAUAUUCAAGGUCAAUGACAAAACUAGCCAAAUCAGCAAGCAAUUACACACAACUUGGGACAUUUGCACCAGUUUGGGAUGUUUUCAAAAUCUCAACAGAAAAACUAGCAAGUUGUCACUUGGAUCUUGUGCGGAGAUUACAAGAGCUAAUAAAAGAAGUUCACAAAUAUGGAGAUGAACAGAUCAAAGCUUAUAAAAAGACAAAAGAAGAUGUUUCAGGAACUUUGGAAGCGGUGCAAAAUAUUCAAAGUAUCACUCAGGCCUUGCAGAAAUCAAAAGAAAACUACAAUGCAAAGUGCAUGGAACAAGAACGCUUGAAAAAGGAAGGAGCAACACAGAGAGAAAUUGAAAAGGCAGCAGUUAAAUCUAAAAAAGCAACAGAUACCUAUAAACUCUAUGUGGAGAAGUAUGCUGCAUUAAAAUCUGAUUUUGAACUGAAAAUGACAGAAACAGCACAGAAAUUUCAAGACAUCGAAGAAAUGCACCUUCUUCGAAUGAAAGAGAUUAUACAGUCAUUGUCAAAUACCAUAAAAGAAAUUCAUUUACAAAUAGGAGAGGUGCAUGAGGAGUUUAUUAAUAACAUGACAAAUACUACAGUUGAGAGUUUAAUACAGAAAUUUGCUGAGUCAAAAGGAACUGGCAAGGAAAGACCUGGCCCAAUUGAGUUUGAAGAGUGUAACACGUCCAGUGUAGCCGAAGGAGUAAAACCACGGAAAAGGAAGCCUUUUGGUUUAUCAGGAAUAAUGAAAAAAGAAAAAGAUACUGAAUCUGUGGAGUGUCCAGAUGCAGACUCAGUUAACUUUCCUGAUGUAGAUGAUGAAGGAUACAGCAUUAAACCAGAAGCAACACAAGAUACCAAAGAGAACCAUUUCUAUUCAUCCAGUGAGUCUGACUCUGAAGAUGAUGAACCCAGGAGGUUCCAUGUGGAAAUAAAACCGGUCCAGCCAAAUAACAGCUCUCAAUACACUAUGCCUUCUUUGGAUGAAUUAAAAGUAUCCAUAGGGAACAUCACUCUUUCUCCAGCUAUAUCUCAGAGGCACAGUCCUGCACAAAUGAAUCAAAAUUCCUCCAGUGAAGAGUCAACAAAAUCAAAACUAUCUGCUCCAGCUACUGAAAAGGGGAACAGUGACUUCCUGGCAUGGGAUCCACUCUUCAGCACUUCUCUUGAAUCUUCAUCUUCAGCUUCUUUGGCAUCCUCAUCUUCCUCAGCUACCCUAACAGAGCACAAUAGGAGCUCCUCAUCAUCUACCACUGAUUUGCCUGGGUGUAGAAUAUCUCAGUCUUUGCUUGGACACCAGACAGAUUCUGGGUCUACAAGCCCAUCCUCACCAGGCUUUACCAUUAGCACUUUGUGCAAAUCUGGUGUUACAGCAGCGCCAUCAGGGAGUACCAGUACUUUAUCCUGUUUUUCACGGUCUCAGAGUCAGUGGAUAUCCUUUGCUGAUGAACUUCUUACAAUUAGACACACAAGCACAGACAAGAAGGAGCCCCAAAGAUUGCAUUUUAAAACUGAAAAUGCCUGCCUUGCCUCUUCUGCUUUGCUUGGGAAUUCUUCCAACAGCUGUGCUUCUGAGGAUCAAAGUGACCUUUUCAAUAACUCUAUAUGCCAUGAACAAUUAUUCAUUGAAGAAACUGGCACUGCUACUGAAAUAUCUUCUGCAUCAUCUUCAGCACUACUGGACUAUAGUUUAGUGUCUUCUUGUGCUCAUACAAAUAAGGCAAGGCCCACCACUCCUCUUUCUGUGGGCACCAUUGUACCCCCUCCAAGACCUGCUUCAAGACCAAAGCUGUCUACAGGGAAGCUUAGUGGGAUUAAUGAAAUACCUAGGCCAUUCAGCCCUCCACUGACCUCUAACUCAAGUCCACCUCCAGCAGCUCCUUUGGCACGUGCAGAGAGCAUUUCUUCUAUAUCCUCUUCUGCUUCCCUCAGUGCAGCAAACACACCUACAGUUGGUGUUUCACGUGGUCCCAGCCCUGUCAGCCUUGGAAACCAGGACACCUUGCCUGUUGCAGUAGCUCUUACUGAAUCUGUUAACGCCUACUUUAAAGGAGCAGAUCCCACAAAAUGCAUUGUGAAGAUUACUGGUGAUAUGACAAUAUCAUUCCCAAGUGGGAUUAUUAAAGUAUUCACCAGCAACCCAUCUCCUGCUGUGCUCUGCUUCAGGAUGAAAAACACAAGCAAACUAGAGCAGAUUCUUCCAAAUGCACAACUUGUAUACAGUGAUCAGUCACAAAGUGACUCCAGUACUAAGGACUUUUGGAUGAACAUGCAAGCUAUAACUGUCUACCUCAAGAAAUUAUCAGAGCAGAAUCCAUCUGCAUCCUAUUAUAACGUGGAUGUUUUAAAGUAUCAGGUAUCUUCAAAUGGCAUACAGUCCACUCCCUUAAAUCUUGCAACUUACUGGAAAUGUGAUGCUAGCACUACUGAUGUGAGAGUGGAUUAUAAAUACAAUCCAGAGUCUAUGAAUGUGCCUAGUAUGCUGUCUAAUGUCCAGGUUGUGGUACCAGUAGAUGGAGGAGUAAUAAACAUGCAGUCACUUCCACCUGCAAAAUGGAAUGCAGACCAGAUGAAAGCAUGUUGGAAAAUAUCUAGCAUUUCAGAGAAGUCUGAGAAUGGAGGUUCUGGAUCCCUUAGGGCAAAAUUUGAGCUUUCAGGAGGACCCAGUAAACCAGCAACACUUGCAGUGCAAUUCAUCAGUGAAGGAAGCACCCUUUCAGGAGCAGAUGUGGAACUCGUAGGCACUGGCUAUCGGCUUUCCCUUCUUAAGAAGAGAUUUGCCACUGGACGAUAUAUGGCAGACUGUUGAUGUACCUGUGAAAGUCAUUGGAUCAGGAGUGCAAGAAACACUUGUGACAAUAGGAACUCUGCCCUCUCUAUUUUUCAAACACUAUUUUAACAUGCAUUAAUUUUUAAAAAUAUUUACUUACUUUGAGGCUAAACUACAGAAAGUAAAUGCACUUUUAAGAGUCAUUUUGAAAACUUUAUUACUUUACAAUAGCACUGAAGUUAACUUCAACACUGUCUGUAAAUGAUCAACUGCAAUACUUGGGAAAAUUUGUUGAAAAAUUAGUAACUUUAUAUAGAGGAAGUCAAAAUAGUAAUCCACAGUUGAAAUGGAAGUAUGAAAUUUUAUGUUGUACUGUAAACAUUAAACUUAAAAUGUAGGAGAUCUAGUAAGAAAUAUUUGAGCUUUUCAUAAGUAAUACUCAUUUUUCAGAUUCUUUAAUUGCCAGCUUUUAAUUGACAGUUUAUAAAGAUAGCAGAGGCUGUGUCUUGUGUAGUUCUUCUUUUCAUUCAUACCACAAGACCAGCUGAGUUAGAGAUGUAUAAAAGUAAUUUGAUGCCCAUGUAUCAUAUAUUAUUAAAAUGUAAGUUGUUUCAUAUAGGGUUUUGUUUAACUAAGUGCAAUGCAUUACAAAUUGCAAAACACAGCAGAGAUUUACUUCUGCCGUUAGUAAAAUUUUUUGGGCCUUGUUAUUGUUUGAGUUAAUGCAGUAGAUUUAAUUUAUUUUUAUAUUAAUUGCAUAACUUUUGUGCCUUUUAAAAAUGCCUGUGCCUAUUCAAUUUGAUACUCAUGUGCCUCACUUCCUUUUACAAAGUUUGGCUCUUCAUCAAGAAAGCAUGGCGUUUGUAUUAUGCACAGAACUUUAUAAAAAUUCUUUUUACUGCAAUUUAUUCAGACGGCAGGUUUGCAAAAACUGUAGUUUGUUUUAAAAGAAAUUUUAAACACUGAAUUAUUUCCUCAAGGAAUAAUUGCAAUUACAUGUGGUUUUAGUAAAGGGAGCUGCAUCAUGCAGUACUCAGAAACUUUUUCAUUAACUAAUUUUAAUGUCACCAAAGAGGAGAAUCUGAAAAAUCAGUGACAAUAGGAAAAACAAACUUCUAAAAGCAAACAGCAUUACUCUUUGCUUUAGCUAUAAGUCUUCAACUUUGAGUGGAUUUGGGGAUGUGUGAUGUGAAUGUACACAUAGUACUUCAGGAGGCAUUGUAAAGGAUAUUUUAUAGCUGCAGGAUGAUAAAUCCUGUCAUGUUCAUUUUUUUAUAGCUAUCAGUUUUAAUAUUUGUAUUGUAAUCUAAUAUGCUUGCUACAGCCUAAGGAAUUGCUACAGGGAAUUGACACGAGUAACAAUUUUUUAAGCAAGUCACUAAUUUAGAAAAUUUUCUAUGUAUUUGUAUUACCAAGUUUUUUUUGUAAUGUUGAAAUCAUAAGCAUUGGGGCAAAAUAAUUCAAUAACCUGCAUGUGGCAAUUUCAAAUGAACAUUUAGCAUACCAGUAUCUAUUUCAAAUUCUCUAUUAAAACAGUGAAACAUGCUUGAGUUAAUUCAUGCAAAACCAGUAAUGAAUUGGACUGCUGAAGCUUUACAAGAAAUUAUGCCUUUGUAGAAGCUGUAUAAAUUGUCGUGUACACUAGACACUUUUGCCGGUGAGAGUUUCAUUGUUAGUACUAAGAACGUAGUAUACUGUAGAUUUGAUUGGAAGAUUUGGCUCCUAUAUUUUGCUAAUCUUAUGGAUGAUAAAUUUACAACUCAUAAAAUGGUGGUCUUUUUAUUGGAAUUUUAAUUGUAACCUGCUUUACAAUCAAACUGAUUAACACAACAAUAUUUUAUUAAUGAAAACCCAAAUCUAUUGUUGCUAUUUUUAAUCAAGUAUUACAUUAAUUUCUACAAUAAAUGAAGUACUUAAUGUUUCAGCACUUUUAAACUAGCCUUCAUUCAGAUGUUUUUUAUACAUUUGCUUUGGGUGCAGGUUACAAUUUUGAAGCCAUACAAGUUUAUAUAGACAUUUUGUAAAGAAACUCAAAAACAAUGUAAAAAGUAUGUGUAGCUAUCUGAUUUAAAAUAAAAAAAACUUACAUAGCAAGCUGGUUCUUGCUUGUGUACACAGCAAUGUCCCUUGUAGCUGCCUCCUAAGAAAAUUAAUUUUUAAACACAACUCUAAAGGAUCUGAAUUUUUAUGAAUUGUUACUACGUUAGACUGUAAAUUAGAACAUACAAGUUUAUCUUUCAAAAAUUGUAAAUACUCUGAAUUUUCAUAAAAUGUAAAUUUUAAAAAUUUGCACCCAUAAUAAACAUGUAAUAUAUAAUUUAAA